AUGACUGCCGAGGCCCUGCCCGCCGGCCAGCCUCUGCGCACCACCAAGGAGACACACCCCAACCUGCCCCCAGGCCUCGUCCUCGGUCCAGACGGCAAGCCAUGCAAGGUCUGCAACUCGUGGCAGGACUGGGCCAAGAUGAAGGUCAAGAAGAAGGACGAUGGCGCCGGUACGGCACCCUCGACAUCCAAGACCGCAGCUGGUGCAACCGCCGCCGCCGCCGCUGUGGCUUUGACAGCCUCAACGUCGACGUCGACCCCUGCCUCGGCUGAUGCCCGCGCAAACUGCCCUCCCGACACGGCGGCCCUCGGCCGCGCGACCUGGACGUUCCUCCACACCACGGCGGCAUACUACCCGCUCACCGCGAGCAAGACGCAGCAAACGCAAAUGCGCUCCCUCUUGACCUCGCUGCCGGGCCUGUAUCCGUGUACGUGGUGUGCAGACGAUUUCGGCAAGGACAUUGUGGCCAACCCGCCCGACGUGACUGGCCGCGCCGGGUUGAGCAAGUGGCUGUGUGAGCGCCACAACGAGGUGAACCGGAAGCUGGGCAAGACCGAGUUUGGGUGUGGAGAGAAGAACCUGGCUGAGAGGUGGAAGGACGGACCGGCGGAUGGGAGCUGUGAUUGA